CGAGCUCGCCACCCCUUCCGAAGAACUGUGCCAGUUCGAAGCCCACUUUGAACCGCGUCGGGUGGUGGGUCCUCGCUUUUCCGUCUGAGUUUUUCCAACCACGCCGACCUGUUUUUCAAAAUUUAAAUUGAAAUAAACUUAUUUAGGAAAUCCUUAAAUUCCUCCAAAUCAGGCGAAAUCCCGUGCUGCCAGUUUUUGUGAGAAUGAAGUGCAAAUGGAAAUUUUGAGGUUAGAAAGUGACGCACUCCAAACGAGCAAUCAAUUAGUGAUGGAAUGUUGCCAAAUUGCAUGAAUCGAGCAGUGUGAAUGCAGUGGACUGGCAGUGGCCAGCUUCCUGGGGGGGAAAGCUUACCGUCGGAAAAGUUCAAAGUGCCAUUCAAUCGUGCCUGCAAAGUGCAUUUUCAAAGUUAUCAACCUUCGAGUGGAAGUGAAAUCGAUUGGCCUGGAGCCACAUAACCUCAAAUGGUUCGGCAGUGCCUCACGGUGUUAUUAUAUUGUUUUUUCCUUUUCGAGUGAUUUUGACCCAAUUAGACACCAAAAGCCUCGUGGUUUGUGUGCCAGUGUGUUGCUGGAAGAAGCAGUGAGGCCAUCUCGACCGCUAGGAAGAAAACCGCAUCAUUCAGCGGCAGCAGCAACGAAAACAACUGCCAUAACCAUAAAGCCCCGUGGCUGCGGCAGUGUUGCAUUGCCCUGGCAAAGUUUGAAGAGUUGUGAGUGCGUUUAAAAUAGAGUCGACCACCGGCCACCACUGACAAAGUGCAACGAAUUUCGCAGUGCAAUUUACUGCCAGUGUAUUUGUGUGUAGAUUUCCCCCUCUUUGUGUGUGUGUGCCUUAAAUCCACCUCCUCCUAAACCAACACACCGCGAAGAUGAAAAGUUCGAGCCCGUUGAAUAAAUGGAGGCGAAGAGUAGUAAAUUCCGUGGCCACCCUCCACCCUCCACGUCCCACGACCACGUCGUGCCGUUGAAGGCUCCACCGCUGCAGUCCUCGCUUGCGUCGGCGACCUCGCGGAAGAAUCGCGGUGGUCCUGCGGCGGCCGUCCGCCAUACGGUCAAGUUUAAGGAGCAGUCCGACCAGGACAUCCUCGUGGUCACGGUAGAGCCGCCGUCACCACUCAGCCCCAGUCCAGAACCGCGCUUCCACCUGCCGCCGGUUCCUCCCCCACCCACGGGGACUCCCCACCCGCAAGUGAGCGCGAAAAAGUCCAAAACAAGUGCAAAAAAGGCCACCGACAACGAGUCCACCACCAGGAGGAAGGCCGUCCCCGUUGGCCAUAAGCCGCGGCUUUCGGAAGGAUGCACUUCGUUGAUGUACGCCUGCCAGCAGGGGCUUACCGAGGAAAUUGUUAAGGAGCUGCGCGAAAAGCCCGACGCGGUCCACCGGCGGGACCGUAACAACCGGGGGGCGCUCCACUACGCGACCAGUUCACGGGACAUUGUGGCCGCGGCCAGCGUCGCGAUGGUGGCCCCCGAGCUGAUCGAGUCGGCCGACGAGGACGGCUUCACGCCGCUCCAUCUGGCCGUCAUCCAGGGCAACCUGCAGCUGGUCAAUCUGCUGCUAGCGAACGGAGCCGACGUGAACGCCCUGGACAACGAGGGACACUCGGUGGUGCACUGGGCUACCGUAUGUGGUGAAGUGGAAGCCCUGCGGUCGGUUCUGAACGCCGGUGCGGACGUGUCUACGCCGGACAUCAACGGGGGCAGUCCGCUGCACUAUGCGGCACAGAUGUGCGGAGCAAACUACGAAGGAAAAACGGCUCGCGCUUCAGCCAAACUGGCGCUGGAAAUUCUAAACACGCUGCUAGCCCAUCCGGACACUUCGGUCGAAGUGGAAGACAAGGACGGGCGGCAGCCACUGCUGUGGGCGUCCUCAGCCGGUUCUGCCAAGGCUGUGCUGGCUUUAAUCAAAGCCGGUGCGCACGUCGAGAGUGCGGACAAGGACGGAUUGACAGCCCUGCACUGUGCGGCUUCGCGGGGUCACACAGAAUGUAUCGAUACGUUGAUCAACCUGUGCGGGGCUCACACGGACCAAAUCGAUUCUAACGGCUGUACGGCGUUGCAUUAUUCGGUGACCUUGGGUCAUGCGGACGCGACUUCGUUGCUUCUGAAGCUCGAUGCCGAUCCGAAUCGGCAGGAUCGUAAAGGUCGCACCCCCGCGCACUGUGGUUGUGCCAAGGGCCAGAUGGAGACGGUCAAGAUACUGCACAUGAAGAAGGGUAACCUGUGGCUGCGGAACGCCAAAGGGGACUUUCCGGUACACGAUGCAGCAAGCUCUGGGCGGAGACAGCUGGUGCAGUGGCUGCUGCAGAUGAAACCGAAGCACAUCAACACGCCCAGCAAUGACGGAAGGACGCUGCUGCAUACGGCCGCUGGCCACGACAACGUGGACAUGUGUAAGCUUCUGCUGGAACUCGGCGCCGAGAUCAACAACCUGUACCGGCCAAAUUCGAAAAGUGCUCCCCUUACACCGCUGGAUUAUGCCCUGGCCAAAGGUUUCCGCUCGACCGCCAAGUUCCUCCAGAUGCAAGGCGGUCUUCCGGCAAACAAGCUACGCCUGUCCAGCCGACAGCAGAAGAUCCUUCCCGAUAUCGACAAGGUCGAGCCACUCAAGCUUACGGAAAAGGAGGAACUGAUCGACCUCAAAACAUCCAAGCGCUACAUCGUGUACAUGAACUCCAACACGGACUCGGACAGUCAGGCUGCCGAAGACGAUCGGUCCCACCGGAAGAGUCGCCACAAGCGGAAAGGAAGCCACCGAGCUCGGCGAACUAGCAGCUGCAGCGAUACCGUCUACCUGUUCAAGGAGGGAGCGGCCGACAUCAGUCGCUCCCGAAGUAACGUAGAGUUAAACCGAAGUCACCACCACCAUCACCACAGCAAGGGACGACGCAGCAGCUCGUCAUCAUCCGCUACAAGCGAAUCGUCCUCCGAAGAUUGCUGCCGACACACGCGGAGAAAGCACCGAUGCUACCGAAAGUGUUCCUCGUCCAAAAGUUCCCGAUCGAAAGACCGCUCGUCGCAUCGCCGGGAGGAAUCCAAAGAGGCAAAAGAACUCAAAGAGUACGAGUUUAUGUACGCGGAAAAACGCGAAGCCGGUCCACGGAAGCCCGGCGAACGCUGUGGGAGGAUAGUGCUUAAGCAGGUGCACAGCGGUUCAUCGGAGAACGACUCGAUGGGAGAGUCCGGACGCGGUGGAACGCUCAAACUGAACAAGAACGGGAAGCCAUCUUCACUGUUGACGGUACCGUCGGAGAUGCUGGGUGGUUCCGGAGGCAACGGAGACGGUCUGGAGGAACAAUCACUGCCCAAAACACCACCGCGAGCGGAGUUCAACAUUAGGAAAGAGUCUGACACCAAAUCGGACGGAAAAUCAUCCGAAUCGUCCGGUGGAAAGAAGUUGCACAAAAAAGGCAAAAACGGGAAGAAGUUAAAAAAAGAUGGUAAAACAACGGGGAAAAAGACAGACUCACCGAGUGAGGAGGAACAGAAAGCCGGAACGAUGCAGGGUGAAAAAGUGGUAACGGAAGCACAGGUACAUCCAACGCCGGAAGUGAUGGCCAAGUCGACGGAGGAUGAUGGAGCAGCGACGGAUGCAACGUAUACGGUCGAUCAGAAAACCAAGUCGGAUUUUGAAGGUUUGAGCGAAACGGAAACUAGUGCAGCGAAGGGCGUCGCAAAGAUGAAGAGCAAAGCAGGGCCGGAGACGAUAGCGGAAGCAAAAGACGAAUCCGUACAGGAGGUUCCGGUGGUCCCUUUAGAAGUGCACGAGGAGGUGGCACCUCCAAAAAAGGACCGACCAAAGCUAAAGUCAAGCAAAGACAGCAAAUCAAGCAAAUCCAAGUCUGACUCGUCGGAGAAGGAGAUGCCAAAGCUCAAGUUGAAGCCGAAAGAGAAGGAAGUGCCCCCACCAGCGCCUCCUCCAUCACCACCACCACCUCCUCCACCACCACCGGAACCGGAACCAGAACCCGUACAAGAGCCAGAACCUGUCGUCGAGCAACCACCAGUCGCCGAGCCAGAACCGGAACCCAUUGAGGAGAAACCUCCCGAGCCGGAGCCAACGCCGGAUGAAGCAAUUGUCCCACAAGAACCCGAACCCAUCGUUGUCAUCGAGCCAGAGCCGGAACCUCCAGCGGCCGAGGAAUCGCCAACGGAGGAGAAAAGUUCGGAGGCCGAAGAGUCACCGUCAAAGUCCAGCGAGGAAGCUACGGUACCCGGCACCGAAGAGGAAACGACGACGCAGACUGAACACGAGGUGCCCUCGACUCCGGCACCGACGCCAGCGGAGGAAUCGCCCAAAAAGGUCAGCUUCGACAAGGAGCAGCGACCCAAACUGAAACGAUCCACCGAAUCGCUUAUGGAGCAGGUCGAGGAGGAGGAAGUGCGCACGGAAGACGAUGCUGUGGUUCCACUGGCGGUGGCGGCCGCGGUUGAUCAAGAGAAAGUCGACAUGACGAGAAGCUUCUUUGUGAGUUUGGACGAGGGCGGGGAGGGAGCUGGUGGAAGCAGUUCGGGUGAUUUGGAAGAAAAGAAAAAGCGAAAGUUGAAGAAGAAGAGUCGUUCGAAGGAGGGUGACGACGAUGCGCAAAACAGCAAAGAUCAGGACUCGGGGUUUGAACCGAGCCCGCAAUCUUUGCGAAGCAAGUCGACCGUGUUUGAUCGGCCGACCAGUACAGCUGUGCUGUCCAAGAGGCCACCGGCAUUUACGAUGCUCGAGGAAGGCCGGGCGGCCAGUUCCCGGCCCGAUGGGCGCAAACCAGGUGACAAGAAUGCCGUCAACAUGACCACCGUCCAGCAGUCUAUCCAGCGGAACAUUCGCAGAUAUUACAUGGAAAGAAAAAUCUUCCAACACUUGCUCGAGCUGAAAAGCCUGCAGAUCCGGUCGACCAAGAUCAACGAGAGUGUGCUGGUGAAGCGGGCCGUCGACGACUACCACCGGUCGACGAUCGAGCUGGGCUACGAGACGGGGUCGACCCUGAAGCGGUACCCGUACUCGGAGUACUCGUUCAAGAACUUCGAGCUGUUCCUGUACGACACGCUGAAGACGCUGCAGAAGCGCGAGACCUACAACUUCCAGAACAUCUCCGAGGUGUACGACGAGCAAGAGACCGAGCGCCGCCUCAGUCCGGACGUGAGCCGCUACGAACGGGCCCUGAACUGCACGACCAAGACGCAUCGAUGUCUGCACGCGACCCACGCGUACACGGGCAUUCCCUGUGCAGCUUACAUUCCCAUGAUGAACCACCACACCAUCCCCAAGUUUGGAUUUGGUCCGUACAAAUCAUCUUCCACCGGGGUUGGCAGCUUUUUCCUGCCGAAAAUCCUCACCAACCCGACGGACCGGAACUGUCCGGGGGCGGAAGCCGUCGCCGCCGCAGGUCCCAGCAGCAGUAAGGUAGCCCUAGAGUUGACCCACGGUAGCAACAAGCAAAUCAUUACACUGCCAUCCGAGAAGCUCGAUAGCAAUAAGCGAUACUAUGUAACCUUUACCUUGAACAAACCCGAUUCACAGCAAACCGAGGCCGACCACGCCCCCAAAGGCACCGAUCCCACUCACUUGUCACUGUUGUCGUCCACAGGGAAGUCCGCGGAAGGUCAGCCUCAGCAGUCUGCCGGGAAGCCCCCGGAAGCAACGACUUCAGCAACAUCUAUCUCCCACUCGACAGCAGCUGGUGAUGCCCAGAAUCCCCAGCAGCAGCAGCAACAGCAACAGCACAGGUCCCAACUCCACCCAGGUCUUCCAGCCGUUGUAGAGGAGGACUCCAACCUAGACUCGAGCAGCUCCGGGCCGUCUCCCGCCGCCGUUGGAACCACGUAGUACCGAUGGACGGACGUCCCGACCGCCGCUAUAUACAUACUGCCAGAACUGGCCCUCCCCAAUCAGAGGGGGGGAGCAGUUCCUUGUUCGUUGUUCUUUAAAGUUUUGGGUUAUUUCUUCACUGUUUGUAAAACCCACCCUCUCCAUUUCUCUCUCUACCAGUCGCAGAGCUUUCUUCUCUCUUCCGAGUGAGACACCUAGCGGGCACUAGCGCAAGCUUGGUUUUAAUCACUCAACGAGAGGAAGAAAACGCUGCAUUUGUUUAUUUGAUUAUUGGUAGUGUUUUCAAACUAUUCCAAACAAAACCGGAAAGCAAUUCUUGUUGUAAAUAUGAGCAAAUAAUAUACACAGACAGAUAUACAGUAAUGAUUGGUUCGGUUCUCUGGGACCGAAUUUGAUCGCAACCUUGAACAAAAAA